AGGGUCGAGGAAUAGAGAGAGGGAGAGAGACGCAGCGAGUUGCGUGCUUUCGUGUGCCUGGCAAGAGAGAGAGAGAGAGAAGAGAGAGUAGCAGCAGCAGCUAUGUACUCUCUCUAUUUCUCUGGGGGGCUUCUUGUCUCUCGUCUCGCAGAGCCUGCAGCACCGAGACCCCACACGAACGCCAAUCGAGAGACGGGGGGGGGACAGAGACAGAUAGACAGACGAGAGGAGCAGGGUACAAGUUAAGUACCACUGCCCAGCGCGGCCCAAAGACCAAGCCUUAGCGAAGAGGGCUUAGGGGGAAGCGGGAAGAGGGAAGAGGGUAGCGGAGUGGAGGUAGAGAGAGAGAGAUAGAGACAGAGAUAGAGAUAGAGAGGGGGUUAGUGGUGCAAGAGAGGGAGAGGGAGAGGGAGAGAGUGUAGAGAGUUGCGUGUCCACGUUUGGCCACAAAAGAGGAAAUUUGGAUGUCGUGGCUCGAAUGGGCGGCAGGAUUACUAGUAGCAUGCAGUGUGCAUGAGGGUAACCCAAUUAAGAAUUUGCAUAAUCCAGCCGGUCUGCUGUUGUUGCAACGGGCCAGUAAUCUCUCACCCGCGAUGAUAUUGGGAGCAACGCUUCAAGUGUGCCAUAGGGGAUGGUGCGUGUGGCAUGUACAAAAGGACGAGGGUGUUCCUCUGCUUCUCCCAGCCCCUCGAGGGAAAGGAGAGAAAAGGGAACCGGCGAGGGAUACGGACGGACCGGGGCAGCAAGUAAAGGUCGCAAUGACAACAGCAACAGCAACCAGACGAGAUAUACACAGAGAGGCCCAGAUGCUUGUCUGCUUAUGUGUACGUAUGGGCGUAGGGGUAAGUAUAUAUAAGUUGUGUGUUAAAGGUGUGCGUCUCUUGAGUGCGUACUGGAACGGGGUUUGUGGGUGGGUGGUGAGUGUAAGUGAGAGCGCGCGAGAGAGGAAAAGUGAGAAAUUACGGCAACAUACCUACCUACGAGAGAGAGAACCCGGAGACGGGCAGAGAAAGAGGAGAAGCAAAAAUUCUCAGUCGAAGACGAGAGAUCGGCAGAGAGGAAGAGAGAGGAAAGCCCGGGAUUCUAUGUAGGUUAUGUAUAAUAUGUGUCUCGGAGAUAGUAUGGACCUACUACUUUUCUCUCUACUAAGAGGUGACGGGACGAGACGUGUGUGGUAGUGUGGUAAUGUAGGAAUAGAAGAAGGGAGAGGGGAUCGGCAACGAGGAG